AUGGGCGCCUUCUACAGUGGGUCAGUGACUGUCCAGGUGGAUGGAGUCACUGUCACCGCAGCCAGGGCUGAAGCCGGCUUUGUGUGGGUGAAUAACACCAGGGCUCACUUACCCGUCUCCCUGAACAACGGGGCCCUUCGGCUCUAUCAGAGCGGCACCUCCCUCAUCCUCCGCACCGACUUCAACAUCAGGGUGUACUAUGACAGGAACAACCACCUAAGGGUCACCGUCCCUAAUGACUUCUCCGACAGCCUGUGCGGCCUGUGGGGCAACUAUAACGGGGACCCCUCCGAUGACUUCCGGACCCCGGAUGGGGACCUGGCUCCCAGUGUUGCUGCCCUGGGGAAAAGCUGGACAGUGGAAGAUGAGGAUCAAUUUUACUGGCACGAUUGCAUUGGAAGUUGCAGAUCCUGUGACCCCAGCAUAACCAAAAAGUACAAGAAGGAGGCCUUGUGCAGCCUGAUAACCAAGGUCUCAGAUGGGCCCUUCAGCCAGUGCCACAGCAAGGUGGAUCCUACAGUCUACUUUGACAACUGCGUGUACGAUCUGUGCCACAAUGAGGGCAACAGGAAGGCCCAGUGUGAGGCCCUGAAGGCCUACGCGGACACCUGCCAGCUGGAGGGGGUCAGGAUUGGGGAAUGGAGACAGCUGGCCAGAUGCCAUGACUACGCCACCUGCUCUGUGACAAGAAAUCUGCACUAUGCCACCUUUGAUGGACAGAGAUAUGACUUCCAAGGCACCUGCCGCUACCAGCUCAUGGCUCUGUGCAAGAAGGCAGAGGGACUGGUGGACUUUGAGGUCUACUUCCAGGAGAACAGUACCUCUCCUCUACAGAUCAAGGUUUAUCAGACCAGACUCAACAUCAGCAAUCAAUUCCCUAGGAAAGUCCUGUCAGUGACCUACGCAGGAGCCGUGUGUGGUCUGUGUGGCAACUUCAACAAGGACAGGGAGGAGGACUUGCUCAUGAGGGAUGGCACGUUGGCACCAAGCCCAGUCAGCUCUGGCCAGAGCUGGAAGCUGGGCGACCUCCCAGGAUGCUCUGCAGUAAUGAUACCACCAUGCACAAAUAUAGAGGCAAUUGAAAAGGAACAACGAGGUAGCAGAGGGCAGUGUGGGAUCAUCCUAGACAAGAAUGGCCCCUUCAGAGGAUGUCACAGCAAAGGGGACCCCGAUGGGUACUUCGUAGACUGCGUGUACAGCUAUUGUGUCCUCAGUGAGCGGGACAGUAACAUCUGCCAGGCCGUUGCUGGCUAUGCUGAGGCAUGUCAGGAAGCUGGAGCUAUGGUGCAUCCCUGGAGGACUAUGAAAUUUUGCUGUGAGUCGCCAUGUUCACUACUGAUUGUCCCAUAG